CUUGGUACCUACAAGUUAUCCCAUAGCAAAAAGAAAUCCCACGAACAUGAAGCUGAUCCUUGGAAACGUCUCUCCAUCAAUAAUAGGACGCCAUUCGACGCCAAAGUUUUCAUUUCUUCCCAUGAGAUAUCCUUGGGAAAAAGAAGAAAAAUCCCGCGUCCUUGUAUACACAGAUUGAAUAACCAAUGCAAGGAUUUUUUUUCUUUUUUAAAUGCAGGAUCGUCUGGGGUUUCUAUCGAAAUCAAUUUGAGAGAACACGAGAGGUAUUUUCUUUUUUCAAUAUUAUUUUUCCAACACCAAAAAGGAUCGAGACGGCUGGGGGUCUCCAUGCAACACACUCCCUGGUGAUUGAUCUCCCCUCACAGAGUCGCGUUACCCAUCGCAACAGGCGUCGAUUUCUCACCAGGAGCCGGUCGUCGACCAUAAUCCCGCGUCAAUUUGUUUGAUAGAAAAAUCGGUUGCCAUGUGGACGAGCCUCUUUUCCUUAUGUGACGAUGCGCAAUGGAUACAAAUUGGCGCAGGAGUAUGGCCCAGCAGCUUCGCCCGUGUGUCCACAAGUUGAUGUCGACGAGCAGAUAAUUUCCGCGGUCAUUCACGCACCAGUGACUUGGCCGUCGAGAUCCCAAAUUUAGUUAUUCCGAAAUAGAAAUCCAACAUGUUGAACCUUGAGAAAAGUCUGUGGCCUCUGAUGGCCGGACUGAGACUCCUCGGCUUUCACAUGGGGCCGUCGUCCAGCUCAUCCAGUCGUUAUUCCGUUUGGCUGUUAUCGGCCGGAUCGCUAAUGGUCCUCUCGACCGUUGCUCUCCAUUGUACCUCCUUCGUUUUCGGCGUCUUGCGACUCAAGGCCAACGAAAUCGGACCCAACGGCGCCAACCUGACGACCACCAAACUGCUCAACAUCGGAAUCGAGCAUCUCAAUUACACCUGGGUCCUCAUCGGAGUUCACGUGACCUUUUUCUUUGUCUCGCUCACUUCCGGCUGGACCCAGUUGUGGGACACAUUACACCUAGUCGAGGAGAAUCUCAAAUUCAAUGCGACAUUUUACGCCAAGUGCAGAAGGAGCGUCCUGAUUGGAUUCGGCUUUUUAUUCAUGGAUUGCGUCACCCACAUAUUCCUUUCCAUCCGCUCCUUUUACUGGGACAUGGGAGUGAUGAGUCCAUUGGCUAUUGUUCUGGCCAAUUUCUCCCGGAUGACCAUCAUCAGCGUUUUCCUGCUCUUCUGCGUACUGGCCAGGGUCCUGACGCUCAUCUUCCAAGGACUUAACGAGCAAAUCAAUGACCUGGACGAGCCGGAAAAGUUUUCUUCCGUCUAUUCCAGCCGGAUUUUGAAUGUCCGUCUAGAGAAAUGGCGUAGGAAUCACACGCUGGCAUGUCAGCUGAUUGAGAUGAUUAACAAAUGUUUCGGUCUGGUGAUGGUCAUCACCGUCAUCAACGUCUUUGUCAGUUUCAUCACGACGACGUUCGAAAUUGUCAAUUGCAUCCAGGAAAGCGACACGAUCCCCGUCAUGUUCGUUUUCAUCUUUGCCAAGAAAUCCUGUCUGCUCACCAUCAUCAUUUACGAGCCCUAUCGUCUGCAGGCCGAGGUUAGCCGCACUGCAGUCGCACUCCGCAAUAUCCAUCCUUUGACUGUCGAUCUCUUGACGCAAAUUAAACUAAACACUGUGGUGGUAGAGGUAACUCACGCCAGUCCCAAAAUUACAGCCAUGGAAUUCUUUGAUGUCAAUCUCAGAUUGUUGCCGACGUUGAUUGGAAGUACACUGACGUAUGUGGCCAUCCUCCACCAAGUUUCAUCGCAUUCACACUGCUGAUGACGCAACAACAUUUAGCCGAAGUAUUUACGGACGUUUUCAUCCGAAUCUCGUCAGUUACACACGCCACGUCUUUUCAUAGGAACUAAUCUUUAAUUUACUGCAUGUGCUUUGCUCUUAUAGAAUUUAAUCAACUUGUUAACGUCGAAAAAUUGUCUAAUAAACGAAGUAACGAACUCGA